CCGGAGGCUUUCGCACUGCGGCACCGGACUCCGGAACAGUUUAGUUCCAAGCUACGCCAUGAGCAGAUCCCUUAUCCCGCUUCUCGUCCUGCUCGUGGGCCUCUCCUGCCUGGUGGAGGCCCGCUUCCUGCCGGACAAGCCCCACAGGACCUACGUACGCAGGCGCCCCUCGCCCACGGACCCCGAUCUGGAGAUCAUCGAGGUGCGGAAGGUCUACUACGAAAGGCGUCCCAAAAAGAAGGUCUUGGCUCCGUUGGACGAGGACGAGCUCGAUUGGCGCAUCCGCUGCGACUUUGAUCCGAGUCUCAUGGAGUGCCGAGGCGUGGCUCCAGUCUCGUCCACCCGACCACCCACCACCACCACCACAACCACGAGCACAUCAACAACAACUACUUCAACCACAACAACUACUCCAAGACCCUCCACAACGUCCACCACUGUGGCUCCUUUAGAUGAGGAGUCGUGGGACUGCAACUCGGAUCCCACUCAGGAGAAAUGUGCCCCCUCGACCUCAUCCAGCUCCACCACUACCGCUUCCGGCAUACUGCCUGUGCUGCCCGAGGAAGAGACGCCCGAGGAGGAGGAGGACGACGAUGAGGAAGAGGAGGAGGCCACCACUCCCAAAUCCGAGGACGAGGACUACAUGGAAAUCGACGACGACGACUUGUGGGAGGAUGACGUGCCCGAGGACGACGACACAAACGCGGAGAGCGGCGGGGGAUCGAUCGACAUUAACGAAGAGCUGAACGGCGGAUCAAUAGGCGAUAACGACCAGAGUGCCUUUGAGAAGUUUUCCUCCAACUCGGGAGAUGAUAUGCCCGGUAUCUUUACGUAAUCAGACUUUGAAAUAAACAGAACCCAUUGCAAA